AUGGCUCCUGGCAUUUACGUAGUUAGCGUCGCAGCGAAUGUCUGCUCUAGGUGCCGGCUUCAUAAGCAACGAUGCAACCGGGCUCUUCCUAGAUGCUCUCGAUGUACUCUAAAGCUGAGACACUGCGACUACAGCCUCUCUUCUAGCAGUUCCCAUGCUCCACAGCAAGAUGUGCUUAGAAGCGAGCCAUUGGUUAUUUCCGAAUGCCAUGGCUUUUUUGAUCUAUCUUCUCGCGGAGAGCAGGAAUUCGUGCAAUUAAUUUCGAACUGGGCAACAAAUUUUGACAAAAAUUUGGAUUAUUUUACACAACUGACAAACGAUAUUCUACAAGAAAGCGGGAUAGAAUUAUCCGGCCUUAUAGACAGAUUUUCCACUUCUAUCCACCGCUGGUUUCCCGUUAUCGAUAUUGAACGGCUGCGGAAGAACGCUCAGACGCUUCAAGAACUUCCCGCAAUAGAUGCAACAACACCUCUACUCGUUCUAACAUUGUUACUAUUUGACCUUCUCCAACGUUGCGAACUCGGAACUUCCGCAGGCCCCAAAAAGCUAUACAGUGCUUCAAAGAAGUUAACCGUGGCUCUGAUUUCUUUAAACGAGAAGACGGAUGCGCGAUUGGUCGAAAUUCAGGCUCUAAUUGCGCUAUACGAGUGUAGCCAGGGGAUGGUAUACAAAGCACAACUUACACUCAGUUCUGCCCUUACUAUGGUGGCAUUAUCAGACUCUUAUACACCUGAGACCGAUAUUCCAUUACAGACUAGAGUGUCGCUUCUUAUCCUAGAUCGUCCUUUUAGCAAAGGAAUUGAGCGUUAUAUUCGACGGCAUUUUAUUGGAGAGGCCGCAUCGUUUGGUGUCUCUCCCUCUCAACAACUUUAUACUAUGGCUCAAAUUGCCUUAGCAACUGGUCGGGUUCUGCACCACGUUUAUUGUUCACAUCAUGGAUAUGAAGUUGACGAAAGUUAUAACUCUGUAGACCAUGCUAUACAAGCAUUGGUGACCGCGCUGAUGGCAUCGAAAGACAGUCAUUCCAUGUAUCUUUGCGACAUUAUUUCUCUAGCUAUAUGUUCUCUCAUUGUCCUUCGGCAAAGUCAUGCAAAACAACAAAGUUUUAUGCUUAGCCCAUUGGAUAACUUGGCACUACAAACUUCUUGUCAAAUGAUAUGGGAUACUGCGAAAAUCUCUUUCCAUGCCAUUAGAGGCAUCGAUGUAUCCCGUGUUUCAUUUAUUGGAAUGUUCUGCCAAUUGCGAGGUGUUCACGCAGCUAUUGAUGUUUCUCACAAUUAUACGCCUCGUGAUGGUAUGGAGGAUAUGCUAUUCACAAUGGAAAACUUUUUCAGAAGAUGGACCAUAGGAGGUAAGUUAGUCUCGAGGAACAUCACUUACCAGUUAGUUAAAUCUGACUGUACAGCGGGCCUGUUGAAAAGUAUCCAGAAUGGUAUUUACGGAAUAAGGGAGACAGCGCCGUUACCAGCACAUUAG